AUGAGAGUCGAGCCAUGCCCCGUUUCUUCUUCAGUUCUUCCGGCGGCGCGAGUUCCAACAGAUGCGGCGGCUAAACCUGUUUGUGAAGGAGAGAUUCGGAUCGGAAAGAAUCUCACCGAUGGAUUCGUCAAGCUGCACGAUCUCAACAUUGUUCGGAUACUUGAAGCUAUAAGCUGCGGGGUCGGAGGAACCCGAGAGCGCAGGUUUGUUCCGGAAAUUGAUAAGGCGACGAUUUGGCGGAGAAAGCGAACCGAAAUGUUUGGCAAGCACCGGAAGGGCGGAUGA